GAUUCUGAUGGCACCAUUACUAUAGAAGAGCAGAUUGUCCUUGUGCUGAAAGCUAAAGUGCAGUGUGAACUCAACAUCACAGCCCAGCUCCAGGAAGGAGAGGGAAAUUGUUUCCCAGAAUGGGAUGGACUCAUCUGUUGGCCUAGAGGAACAGUGGGGAAAAUGUUGGCUGUCCCAUGCCCUCCUUAUAUUUAUGACUUCAAUCAUAAAGGAGUUGCUUUCCGACACUGUAACCCCAAUGGAACAUGGGAUUUUAUGCACAGUUUAAAUAAAACAUGGGCUAAUUAUUCAGACUGCCUUCACUUUCUGCAGCCAGAUAUCAGCAUAGGAAAGCAAGAAUUCUUUGAACGCCUCUAUGUCAUGUACACUAUUGGUUACUCUGUCUCCUUUGGCUCUCUGGCUGUGGCUAUUCUCAUCAUUGGUUACUUCAGACGAUUGCAUUGUACUAGGAACUAUAUCCACAUGCACUUAUUUGUGUCUUUCAUGCUGAGAGCUGCGAGCAUCUUUGUCAAGGACAGAGUGGUCCAUGCUCACAUAGGAGUAAAGGAGCUGCAGUCCCUGAUAAUGCAAGAUGACCUACAGAGUUCCGUAGAAGUGCCUCCUGUGGACAAAUCACAAUAUAUUGGGUGCAAGAUUGCAGUUGUGAUGUUUAUUUACUUCUUGGCUACAAACUACUAUUGGAUCUUGGUGGAAGGCCUCUAUCUGCAUAGUUUAAUCUUUGUGGCAUUCUUUUCGGACGCCAAGUACCUGUGGGGCUUCACCUUGAUAGGCUGGGGUAAGGCAUUUCUGUCUCCUUUCCUUUUCAACUGGAUUAUGGAUUGUAGGGCUUUCUAAGUCGAUUCAAGAUGCUGGGAACUUAGUGCUGGAGAUAUCAAGUGGAUUUAUCAAGCCCCAAUCUUAGCAGCUAUCGGGCUGAAUUUUAUUCUGUUUCUGAAUACCGUUAGAGUUCUGGCUACCAAAAUUUGGGAGACGAAUGCGGUUGGGCAUGACACAAGAAAACAAUACAGGAAACUCGCCAAAUCAACGCUGGUGCUGGUGCUGGUCUUUGGAGUGCAUUACAUCGUGUUUGUGUGCCUGCCGCACUCCUUUGCUGGGCUUGGGUGGGAGAUCCGGAUGCACUGUGAGCUCUUUUUCAACUCCUUUCAGGGUUUCUUUGUGUCUAUCAUCUACUGCUACUGCAAUGGAGAGGUUCAGUCUGAGGUGAAGAAGAUGUGGAGUCGGUGGAAUCUCUCCGUGGACUGGAAAAGGACGCCCCCAUGCGGCGGCCAUAGAUACGGCUCCGUGCUCACUACCGUGACGCCCAGCACCAGCAGCCAGUCGCAGAUGGCGGCCGGCACACGCAUGGUGCUCAUCUCCCGCAAAGCGGCCGAGACGGCCAUCCGGCAGCCCGACAGCCACGUGACUUUACCCGGCUACGUCUGGAGUAACUCGGAGCAGGACUGCUUGCCACACUUGAUCCAUGCAGAGACCAAGGAAAGUGACAGGAGGCAGGGAGAUGCGAUUCCAGUGGAGGAGUCAUCCACGCCAUUAGAAUUUAACUCAGAUCCCGAAGGAAGCAAAGGAGAAACCGAGGAUGCUCUGUGA